UUUGCUUAGUUGCUCCCACUGAUUUCCAUAGCAGAGAAAGAGAGAUGGAGUUCAAUACGACGCCGACACGUUACGGUGGCAGAGACGGCGAGAGAGGCGCCGGAGGGAAGUUUAAGAAACCGCCGGCGAGGAAACCUCCGUCGACUCCUUACGACCGUCCACCAUUGAACCACUUCGGUCGUACUAGCUGGUUAUCGAAACUGGUUGAUCCGGCAUACCGUAUAAUCUCCGGCAGCGCCAACAGAAUUCUCCCGUCGUUCAUCUCGAAUGCAAUUGCUGGAACUCCUCCUCCACUUGAACAAAUUGACGGUAAAUUAGAUAAAGAAGAUCCAGAAACAACACAAGAUGUAGGGAAUGACAACAAAUAUACUUCAAGUUAUGUGAUAUCCAGAUCUACUGAAGGAAACGAAGAUGAUCCAAGUAUGGAAAAAUUAAAUGGGAUCCCCGAAGCAGAGAAGCUGGAGGAAGAGAAACCAAAGAGUUCCAGAUCUACUGAAGGAAAGGAAGAGGAUCCAAGUAUGGGGAAAUCGAAUGGGAUCUCCGAAGCGGAGAAGCUGGAAGAAGAGAAACCAAAGGAUUCCUCUGAUGGUGCUGAAAUUUCCAGAAUUGAGCAGCUCAUGCAGGGGAAAUCAUUUUCGAGGGAUGAAAUAAUGCGUUUGACAGAGAUAUUAAACUCAAGGGUUAUCGAUGAACAAGAAAAGAAAGCUAGCAGGACAGCUGAAGGAGACAUUGGAAGGUUUCAUUUAGCACAUGAGACACCUAGAAGACCAAAUGACAGGAAGCAGGAUGAAACAGACUUUGCUAUGCCAGGAACUUCAACAUCUCUUCCCCAAACAAAUGUACGAGAUGAAGUUGGCGCAUCACCCAUUGAUAUUGCAAGAGCUUACAUGGGAAGUCGUAGGUUAAGUAAGGGAAAUGAUUCUUAUGGUUUUUUAUCCAAGGGGGAGCCAGCUCCACAAAACAGGUUUCAUCAACCACCUUCACCUAAGUCGUCGACUUGUUGGCCCGCUGCCAUGGUGCAAGAUCAGCAUGGUCAUUUUACUCCACUGAAUCAGAGAGGAUAUGGGCUUGUUGAGUUCCCGAGGACCCCAUACUCUAGAACUUUAUUGCCGAAAUCCAGAGAUAGGCAGAGUCAGUCGCAGGCUGGUAGCAGGUGGCUAGAUCCCUCAGCGAAACUCUUCCAACAAUCUCAAUCAUCAAUCUACAGCCAGGAGAAGACAAGGACUGAUUUACCUCUUCCAAGCUAUGGAUCUGUGGGACCGAUUCGGCGCAUACGGAAUAAAUUUGGCUCAGAAUCUCGCCCUAGGAAAUCCAUUUUCCUGAAUUCGACAAAUGCUUCUUCACCUUUAGAAAAAGUUGGUGCUUCGAAAUUGUUCUUGCCUGCUGCUGGAAAGAAUUUGGAAGCUGGUCAAACUAGUGGUGUAGAGAAGUACCAGUCAGUGGAUCAUAGAGUAGGCAGGUCUGAAGAAGCUAUGCCGCUCAUAAGUUCUUCAAAUGAGACUGUAAGAAAAAUAUUAGAGCAACUUGAUAGACACAAGCCCACUCCUGCAGAAAAGGCAGCUGAAUUGAAGGUAGCAAGCGAAUGGAAGAAAUAUCCCGGCAAAGAAAUCUCUGAUUCCACUCCAAAUGAUAAAAUGAAAUCAUCACAUUUAGGAAAAUUUGGUAUGCAUAUGAACAAUGGUCUGGCAGCUGCCCAAUCAUCCAAGGAAGGAGAUAAUGGAACAGUCAAUCAUGUGAAAAUAUCUCAAGAGCAAACUCCGCGUGAAGCUGACACUGGUACGGAUGCUAGUGCUAAAGCUGCCAGUAUAGCUAAUGUGUUUGUUACGACGACUAAAGCUGAUACUGUGGCGCCCUUCACUUCUAAGGGUGCUGAUUCCCAAGUUAAAAGUUUCUUUUCUGGUGCUCACACUCCAAGUUUUCUCAAGGACUCUAUAGGCACUGAUGAUGGACAGAAAGAUAAAGGUUCUACCCCACAGUGGCCUUCUUUCCAAAAUCAUAGUAAUGGGCAGAAUGCUGCAACGUUUUCCAACUCCACGGGUUUCCAGCUACCAAGAAAUGCUCCUGGACAAGCCUCCGGUGCAAAACAUAAUUUACCAUCCAUUUUUGUGAGUAAGCCCAAUCCUAGAAAUGUGACUUCCCCCGACAAUGGGUUUGGAUUCAGUUUCCCAGUCCCUGCGUCAUCUGGUGCACUCUCAGAACCACCAACACCGUCCAUGCCAUCGUCUGCAGCCGGUGUCCUCUCUCAGCCGGUGGAUGCAUCCACUUCUCCAGUAUACAGCUUCGGCACUGGUAAGUCAGCUGAACGCCUGGUCUUCUCUUUUCCCUCUACGAGCAAUGCAUCUGUCCCUGUGGAUUCUUCAGAUCUCAAGUUCAGCUUUGGAACAGACCGGACAUCAAGACUAUCUUUUGGUGCAGUAGGAAAAGCAACAUGCUAAUUUGAAGGUUUGUCAAUACUCUCUAGCUGCAGGAUUUUCACCCAAUGAUGGAAACUGUGUUUUAUAAUUUUUUUGUAUUCUCACCUACAUUUUGUUACCAGCCACACAGCUUUCAUUUUGAAGGAUGGAUGAAUACCUGAUAUUAAAAGUUUUAGCAAACACA